GCGCCCCAAUGCACACACCCAUGGAGUUCCCGAUGAGUUCACCUUCGCCUUGUCACCCCCCUGUCCCUUGACUGAAAUCUCGCUGCUCUUCUUUCCGAUUUUUACCCAUAAUUUUCAACGAAAUCGAGCACGGACUAAUAAACCAUUGAUCGAUAUUUCCCCUUUAUCUUCUUUGUCUUUGUGCGGACGGGAGGCUAUGAACAAUCCUUUCGGUUUUAUACCCUAAGAGAGCACCCUGCCGACGUCCGUAGAUACGGUAGAGGCAGAAGCAAUCAGGCAUUACGGUGAUAUUUAACAGAAAGGUAAUCUUCAACAUCUACUAUCCGCCCGAUCACCGGCUGUUUUAGACAAGCCCAACAUGAACGGAUAGGCGCGGAUUCACCGUCCGUGUGCUGCGCCUUUUGGGGAGAUGAAAUCAACAUUGUGACACACACGUACUUGUGUCUCUUUCGGCGGAGUUGAGGAAUAAUAACAGACAUGAAAAACCAAAUGUGUGGAAUUAUUUUAUCUGUUUGGCUGUUAUCGGAGUGUAUAGAAGCCAAGAAAUAUUGCUGGUAUUUUGAAGGUGGCUACCCCAUAUAUUUUAUAUGCCGGUCAUAUGAGGAUUGCUGUGGCACUCGCUGCUGCGUCAGGGCCCUGUCCAUACAGAGGCUGUGGUACUUCUGGCUGCUUCUGAUGAUGGGGGUACUCUUCUGCUGCGGAGCCGGCUUCUUCAUCCGCAGACGGUCCUACCCGUCGCCCGUCAGUGAGGAGCCUGCCUUCAACGUGUUCUUCACCAGACAGCCUGUCUCUACCCCAGGGUGCCGCGUGGAGUCUGUCCCAGGCAGCUGCAGUACAUGCUGGAUGGUGCGUCAGUUCUGGUCACAGCCUCCUGGGAUGCAGACCUACAGUGACCCAAGCAACAUCAUGGUGCCGCCCCUGGCCCCCGCCUACCAGGUGCAGCCAAGCUCCGCCCACAUGAUGGCUUCUUAUCCGCCUCCCCCAUCCUACUGCAAUCACUCACCCCCGCCCUACGAGCAGGUCUUCUCAACCCCAGAGAAGAAGUAACGUCUCCUCAGGCUCUGGUGAUCGAUCGACAUGUGUCCCAGCCUCUCUCUCUUUCUUUCGUCUGAUUGGAUAGCUCAUCGCCGGGAAGGAGGGUCGCGAUGAUCCCCCCAAAUGUAACCAGUGCCUGUCACCCCCCCCAGCCUUCCCGAGCAUAGUGCCCUCAAACACAAAGACCGGGAAAACCACCGGAGGUCACAUGACGCUCAAGCCUGGAUGUGAAAUUCCUUCUGUGUUUACGAUGAGACUGUUGAAUGCAUUUUUUUCCAUUGUUCUCUUAAUUUCACAUUAAACCCAAUUUAGUCUUUUCAAAUCGGUGUGUUUCUGGUGACAUCUUAGUCGAUUUCUCACACUCCCGCUAACAAGCUUGCAUCAUUGUGUUAAUGAGUAGGAAUUACCUGGUUUUAGCUGAAGACUGGAUUAUUGCUUGGGUGAAUCAAGUAAUCUGCCGAUCUCUCCUGUCUGGGUAGUGUGUACACACAUCAGUAUGAGUGUAUGAGUGUGUGUGUGUGUGUGUGUAUGAGAGUUGUGCUACUGUGUCUGACAGAUUAAAAUGGCAGGAAAACAUGCUCAGUGCAGGAUAGCGGUUGUGUCGAGGAAGACGGCAGCUCCAGUGUCGUCCAAAUCAUGGCGAGUGACGGCAAUGGCGUUCCCACCGACGUGGCUCAGCCCCCAGUCUCUGAGCAGAUGGCUUCGCUCCGGGAGGUGACCGCUGCGCUAGCAGCAGCUCAAAUUAGGGCUGAAAUUCUGCCUUUCGUCUCCACCUACCAGCAAGCGCGAGAAGGAAAUUAUCCAUGGCGCACAUUUUGGUGUUCUGAAGCAAACGAUCAUUCACCAAAAGAGGCGCGAAUGCAAACGCCAUUCGCCAGUGGGAGAAGCACAUGAGGUUCCGAAACAGGCUAUCUAUAGACGGGGAGGAGGCUUAUUUGGUGUGCUCCCCGCCGGGGGUUUUGAGAGUGUGCAGAGAAGACCAUAGGUUGUGGGAAUACGGGAACUAUUUUACAGAGUGCACACUGCAGGAUGCCAAAGGGAACAAGUAGGCAGGUCUCAGAAAAACACAUAGUUUACGUAGUUAAAGGUCCCCGGCAGGUUUGGUGGUCCCGCUUGUCUGCUUGUGAUUAAAUGACCGACUUCUGAGUUCACAGGCCUCUGAUGUACAGGAAUAUAAACUGAAAUAAUUUGCAGACACGGCAGAGUUGUAACAGUGUCUUUAUUUUGCACUUUUGCUACAAGCAGAGUGAGAAUUCUGGCAUUUUUCAAAGGAUACUGCAAAAGCUGAAAAUCUGUGUGCGCUGGACAGUGAAUUAACUGUGUUGCAGGAUACUGUGGCCCGAUGUCGUUAUGUAUUCAAAUGCCUGCAGUUGGAUCGUGUAAUAAAUGCAACAGUUUGGA